AUGUCGGGUGCCGAAUUCGUGGCAGUUCUCAGCAUCGGAGCGAGCGUAAUUGCCGUCGUCGACGCAUGCAACAAACUCCGCAACCGAAUCAAAGAGUUCGAAGAUGACCAGACACUUCGCGAACUAGCCGCCCAGCUUCGGCUCUUCGCAAACGGCAUCGAGAUCCUGAGGCAGCAACAUGCCGGUGAGGACCUUGAUGCUCUCACGCAAGAUGCGCUGAUUGAGGUGCUCGACUGUUGCGGGAAGCGUAUCAAGGAGCUCGACGUCCUGAUCGUCUCAGCUUUGCCUACUCAGAAAAACACUGGAUUCAAACGCACCAGGGCGGCCAUACGCAACCUACGGGACAACAAGAGGGUCAGAGAUAUUUUGAACAGCCUGCAGCGAUGUCAACAACUGCUGGUUUUCCACAUGGCAAGCGUAUCAAAGCGGCGACAACGACACCAGGCUCAGGAUCCGCAGAGUGCCUCUGAAAGGCACGACUUCGUUGUUGGACUCCUCCGAAAUCUGCACAAAGCUGCGUACGAGGUACCUGUGGUUGUGCAUGUCACAAUAUGA